UGAUCGGCUGACCUGGGGAACUUCUCCUGUCCGGACUCCAAUACUGUCAAUGACCAUAGAGCUUCAUCUUCAUCCUUUCCUCCCGCUUUUCAUUACUCCCAGGUUGGAGCUUAUGAGCUUUGUAUCAUACUUUCUCUUGUGCCAUUCUUAACCGCGAUCACCGUUUUCAAGUGCCCAUCAUGCGGCUGGUUUCCGCAUGGGCAGUGCUGGCAGUUGCCCUUCCAUGCUUUGUCGAGUCCUCACGAUUGACCCCGCCGGUGCUCCCACUUAUCGUGCGAAACCCAUAUCUGAGCACAUGGCUGCCCAACGCAAGAGAUCUCCCUUGGGAGCAUUGGCCCAUGUUCUGGACCGGUCAAGAGAUGGGCUUCUCCGUCCUGGCCAGUGUUGCCGAGGACAGGACUGUAUACCCAUUGCUGGGAAGAGGUCAGGACUCCUUGGUCAGGGAGGGUGACAAUUAUACCAUCUCGUACCCUGUAUACCAUGGGGCUCAGUACGAUGCCUCUACCACCAACCUAUCUUAUUCGCUUCCUCUUCCUUCCACCUACUCCAAUUCAAGCAGCCUGGACAUCAUUAUCUCGUUUCUUUCGCCUAUAACUCCUACCUCAACCGUCAGACAAUCACUGCCAGCAAGUUAUGUUAGCGUCUAUGUUUCGGGAAACAUACCUGUUGAUAUCUACAUGGACGUAAAUGGUCAGUGGGUGAGCGGGAAUCGAGGUAGUAAGAUCGUCUGGGACCUCACCCAUCGACCGUUGGACGGUUUGACCGAGGGCUUCAAGACGUGGUCAUUCAAGAGGGAAGUCGAACAGCUCUUCACGGAAUUCCAGGACCGCGCAGAAUGGGGUAGUCUACAUUUCUCUGCUCCUGCGGGUGUCCGACACGAAGCUGGCACAUCGGCUCUGUUAAGGCAGCGCUUCUCAAGGACGGGUACCCUUCAGAACUCCAUUGACAAUACCUUCCGCGAGAUCAUGGAUGAGGAGCCGGUCUUUGCCUUCUCGAAAUCCUUCUCACUGAAUUCAAGCACGCAUUCCGUUUCACAUGACAGUGUCACAUUCACCGUGGCUCAUGUUCAAGAUCCAGUCGUGCAGUAUGCCUCCGCUCGGGGCUUGACUUACAUGCGUCCUCUCUGGGAGUCCUAUUUCAACACAGUCGACAAGUUGCUUACCUUCCACUACCUGGACUUUCAGAAUGCCCGAGAUCUUGCCUUCAACUAUUCUGCCCAGCUUGCCGUCGAUGCGUAUAAGUCCGGUUCUGCAGAUUAUGUGGACAUUGUGGCGCUGUCUGCUCGACAAGCACUGGGCGCCACCAGCUUCUCCGGCACCCCUGACGAUCCGAUUCUGUUCUUAAAAGAGAUAUCCUCCAACGGAAACUUCCAGACUAUUGACGUUAUCUUUCCCGCUUUUCCAUUCUUCUUAUACACCAACCCUCGAUGGCUUGGAUAUCUGCUCGAACCGCUCAUUGAGCAUAUGUUGAGCGGCCAAUACCCCAAUAAUUACGCCAUGCAUGAUCUCGGUACUCAUUUCCCGAACGCGACUGGUCAUGCCGACGGAAGUGACGAGUACAUGCCCGUCGAAGAAUGUGGAAACAUCCUGAUCAUGGGCCUUGUGCUGGCCAACGCCUUGAAAUAUGGCGCCAAUACUUCCGUGGGUGCAACAUGGGAACCCAUGAGUGAAGUUCCACUUUCUAGGAAGCUCAGUGAUAACAUCGCUCCUCUGACUGUUGGCAGUCAGGAUGGCCAACUCUAUAUCGACAACCCCUGGGCUGGCCAAGCUCAAGGACUGAAAGUGGCCAAGAAAUGGGUCGAAAGGAGUUACCCGUUAUGGAAGCAGUGGACUAGUUAUCUUGUGGAAUUCUCGUUGGAGCCUCACAACCAAUUGUCUACAGAUGACUUCGCCGGCUGGCUGGCGUUGCAAACAAAUUUGGCGCUCAAGGGCAUCAUUGGCAUCAAGGCUAUGGCUGGACUCGCCGAAAUCACAGACAAUCAUGAAGACUACAAGACUUAUAACAAUAUCUCAAAAGUCUACAUCGCCAAAUGGGAGGAGCUUGGUAUCUCUCGCGACAAGACUCAUGCCAAGCUUGCGUACGACUGGUACGGCUCCUGGACCACCACAUACAACCUCUAUGCGGACAGCCUGCUCUGCUUCCAUCUCGGGUCGGACAACAGCUCCCUUGCAUCAAGUAGUAUUGCCGGACGGUACGAAUACCAGAAACCACUUAAGGAGAUCGACGGUGACAAGGAUGGAUUCGUGCCCAAGCAUAUCUACCAGAUGCAAAGUGACUGGUACUGGUCUGCUCGGCAGAAGUACGGUCUUCCACUCGACUCGCGACACUUGUACACCAAGACUGACUGGGAAUUUUUCGCCAUGGCUGUCGCAGCGCCGAAGGUUAGGGCAGGUAUCCUACAGUCAGUGGCUAAAUGGAUCAAUGAGACGGCCACGGAUCGACCCUUCACCGAUUUGCAUAUGACAGAGGGCAAUGGAGGGUUUCCUGGACCCAAUUUCUUUGCACGGCCAGUUGUUGGUGGCCACUUUGCAUUCUUGACCUUGGGACAGGCCUGCAAUGGUAAGGCUAUGGAAGGGUUGAAAUUCUUGGAUGAUAGCGUGACGACAGAUGGUACCGCGUUGGAUGUGCAGAGUAUUUUGGACAAGGAGCGGGCUGAGGCUGAGUGGGCAAUGCAGGAGCUUUAGUCCUCACUCGUAUAACACAUAAAAACGCGGAUUUUAUCAUGAUGGCCAACUUACUGGUUGACGUUGGUGCACUUUCG